GGUGGUUACAUAAUGGCUAUAACAAGUUCUACAUACAUAACAGGGCCGAAGAAAUCUCGGAGGCAUCUCAACGUCGGAUGGAUGAUUCUGGAGAAAUUAGAAUUGGACACAAACCCGAUUUUCGUGUGAAAUCUCCACUGAUUGCCGGUGAAGUGGAAAUCUGUCUCAUGGAGGCCUCACGUGUUCUUCCGACCGAUAAAAAGAUUCGUGAUGAUUGGGAUAAGUUGGUCAAGCUUAUGAAAGAUGCUCAUGUGCGAUUACUGAGGAAGCUUACUAGAGAGAGGGUUGAGAUGUGA